AUGUCUGUUAGACCAUUAACACCUGCCCUUGCAGAAAAGGCUCGCGUGGAAUUAAACGAGGAUCCAAAAAGGCUGAAAGAUGAUAUUCAAAGCAUUAAGGACUGGCUUAGCAAACAGCCUCAUCUAGUUGCCAGAACAGAUGACCAAUGGUUAGUGGCUUUCCUUCGUGGCUGCAAGUUUAGUUUAGAAAAGACUAAAGAAAAAAUAGACUUGUUCUAUUCUCUUCGACAACUUGCACCUGACAUGCAUAACAUUAAACAUACAGAUCCUAUUUUUGAAGAAAUUCUGAGCCUCGGAUCUUUUGUGAUGUUGCCAAAAGUCGGCGGACCUGAUGCAACUAGGAUCACUUUGGUACGGCCAGGGAGAUACGAUCCUGACAAGUAUAACAUUUUGCAAGUAAUAGCAGUAACAAAUAUACUUAUGAAGAUUAUAAUGAUGAACGACGACCACUCUACAGUUGCCGGUUGUUCAACAAUCAUAGAUCUGGAAGGGGUAACGAUGGGACACUUUCUACAAAUGACCCCAAUGUCAAUGAAAAAAAUGGUAGUAAUAGGGCAGGAUGCGUCACCUUUGCGAAUGAAAGGCACCCACUACUUAAACACGCCACCUGGUUUCGAAAUUGUUUUUAACGCGAUGAAGAGUUUACUUAAUGAGAAGAACAAAAACAGACUUUUCGUGCAUAACAAGAAUUACGAGGCUUUGUAUCAGUAUAUUCCUAAAGAUAUCUUACCUGCAGAAUACGGAGGCAACGGAGGUACCACAGAAGAAAUUAUUGACUACUGGAGAAGCAAAGUGAAGGAAUAUAGUUCAUUCUUAGAAGAGGAUCAGAAAUACGGUGCUGAUGAGUCGAAGCGUCUUGGCAAACCAAAGACAUCAGAGGAUAUGUUCGGCGUAGAGGGUUCUUUUAGGAAACUCGAUUUUGACUAA